AAAGUGGAACUGACUCGGUUGUCGUCCACGAGUCGGUGGCCUUGUCGACCAAGGGAACACUUUGAUACCAGAGCCACUUGCCUGACGCUGCCAUAAUGAAACUAGUAUCUUCUCUUCAACCUGGACUUGUCCUUGCUCUUGGUCUAUGCGUUGUACUGGCAGAAAAAGAAGAGGUGAAGGUUGGCACGUCUGAUGGAACGUCUGUAGCAGUAAAGAGAUCCUUCGAUUCAAUCAACAAGGGCAGUGGCUUAAGUGGCUUUAUGAAGCGUGGGUUCGAUAAGAUCUCUCACAGCAGUGGGUUUUCGUCCUUCAACAAACGACCCUUUGAUUCAAUAUCCGGUUCAAGUGCUUUCUCUGACUUCGCCAAGAGACCGUUUGACUCCAUUGCUUCUGGGGGUGGAAUGGCAGGCUUCGCUAAGCGUCCAUUUGAUUCCAUUUCUGCCGGAAGUGGGAUUUCCGGAUUUGCCAAACGUCCCUAUGAUUCUAUAGGAGCUGGUAGUGGUAUAUCAGAGUUUGCAAAGCGGUCAUUUGACUCCAUUAACGCGGGGAGUGGACUAUCGGGAUUUGCAAAACGUUCAUUCGACUCAAUAGGGGCUGGGACUGGAAUUGCGGGAUUCGCUAAACGACCAUUUGAUUCCAUUGCAUCUGGUAGAGGUAUGUCUGGAUUCGCUAAGCGCCCCCUUGAAUCUAUCGCAGCAGGACGCGAUCUGUCCGGUUUCGUUAAGAGACCGUUUGACUCCAUUGCCUCCGGGAGAGGUAUGGCAGGAUUUGCAAAACGCCCCUUUGACUCAAUUUCGUCUGGAGGCGGUAUGGCCGGCUUUGCGAAGAGGCCAUUUGAUUCCAUCAGCUCCGGAAGUGGGAUGUCAGGAUUUGUCAAGAAAUCUUUCGAUAAAAUUGCCCAUGGUGGCUUCGCAUCUUUUAACAAAAAGUCAGACAGUGAGGUAGAUAAACGCCCAUUCGAUUCAAUCAGUCAGGGUGCUGGGAUGGCAGGCUUUGCCAAACGACCUUUCGAUUCGAUUGGUUCUGGAGGCUUCUCCACUUUCGUCAAGAAAGGCCUUGACUCAAUUUCACACUUCAGUGACAUGGAUGACUUCGGCAAGAGGUCUGUGGAUAACGCUGGCGAAUCUGAGAGUGGUGAAAGAAAAUGAAUAUGGAACAACAAUAAACACACAUGCAUGACUAACACGAUCGUCCAGAACGUAUGCAUAUCAAAACGUUACUUUCGCACUUAAAACUAUGCUGCUGGCAAAGUUAAUAUCGAGAAGCGAUUAUUAUUAAAUCACAGUGGCUGAUUAAUUUGUACUUCCAUUUUACUAUGGAUAUUUAAGUUAAGAUUCAUUUUAAGAACGAAUGUAUGUGUAUCCUAUUACAUGUAUGCAUACUUAACGGUACAACACAUACAUGUAUUAUGUUUGACAUCCGAGUUCAAGUACUCGCCGCGAGGAACUGUUGACCCACGAAUAAUGUUUCUAUGGAGCAUAACAUGAAGGCGCUACAAAUUAUGUAUACAAACAGCCUUAAUCUUUCUGAAAAAGUUUAUAUCAAAAUUUAAAGGAAUAUAUUUUGUGUUGUUAGAUAUUUAUUUCUUACGAACCGCUUCAGCAAUAAAGAGUUGAAGAGUG